UUUCUUUCGUCUGCUUCUUCUUCUUCUUCUUCCUGUUCCUCUUUGCCUAAUUUUUCUUUUUGCUUGCUCUUUUUUCGAACGUUGAAAUCAUGGGUUUUUAGUCACCAGCUUUCUUUCUUUUUUUUCUCUACUGCCCAUUUCUUUUCAAAAGAUAUAAUCUUUGAAGGAUUUAAAGCUACAAGGUUGAAACUACCGGGUUUCUUUAGGCUUUUUAUUUUUAUCUAUGAUUUAUUUUUGCAUGUUUCAAGUUCUGGGUUCUGUGCCUUUAAUCUCAUGCAUUGAAGGUGGAAACUUUUGGUACAAAGAACUCUUCUUGCUUCCUUGAGUUUGAGUUGCAGCUCUGAGGUAUAUGCCUCUAAGUAAAUGAUGGGUAGCUUAAAGGGCUUGUUGUGCUUGAUGGGAAAUUUUCAAGUUUGUGGCUUGAUCAUCUUAAAUGGCCUUAUGGUCCUUGAAAAUGAAUGCUUUGCUUCUGAGGAAAGAUCUGUGAGUGCUUCAAGUUUGGUAGUUAAGACAGUUUUGCUGAAUAAUUAGUGGGAUGUGAGGAUUUUUGGUGCUUUUAAAAUAGCCAUAAUUAAGGGGAGAUUUGUGGCGUGCGAAAUUAAUGAAAAUGCGAUAUGUUUUGGUAUGUUUCUUUAAGUCAAAAGAGAUUCCGAAAUCAAACACAUUAAUGCUCUGAUCAUGACCAGGGCUGUUCGAGAUAGUAUACUCAAGGAUGCAAAUGGUGAUAUCAGUAAUCAUCUACGCAACCACAUUCAUUUGACUAAUUGUAUCCACCUGAAGAACCAUAUGCAUAAGCACAGCCCUAUAUUGGCAGACAGAUCGCUUAUGAGGGACCUUGUAGUCCUUCAAAGGUCACGCUCUCUCAGGGAUCCUUCUGCCAGUCCUCCCUCUUGGCAUUCACCUUCUGUCGUUGAUUUGCUUUCCAAGAAGGGUGAUAAGGAUGCUGUCCGGGAGGGGAGAAGGUCUGUGGGCGUUGAGAGGCAGAGGGAUGGAAGGAGGCUUUCAGUAAGCUCACCACCUUUAGCUAAUUUUGCAACGUCAAAAGUUGCUCCGGGUGAAGCUAGUGGGGUCAAUGAAGGAGUGCCUGCAAUUAGUGACCGUAGUAGUAAGAGUGGAGCUAGAGAUCGUAGAAUAAUUAGGAAAGAAGAAUCUAGUAUGAGAAGUAAUAGGACUGACCUUUUGGGUGAAAAUAAGGAGCCUGUACAAGAGCAAGAUGGUAAUGGUUUGCCUCCUGACGCUAUAUCCGGUAGUUCCAGACUGAAAGAUAAGAAGAGUAAAAAGCAAAAGGGGAAGCAAACACAAGUUCCUCAAGUGAAGACGCUAUCUGAGCAAUUGAAUGACCUGCCCCUGGAUAGUGAUGAUGUAGCAUCUUCAAACGUCCACCUUCGUGGAAGGCGUGUUAGACCAGAGCAAACUGGUGAUGAACCUGAAGUCAGCAUCCGUGGUUAUUCAAGUGGAUUAAACAGGGUGAAAAGAUGCAAGUUUCGAGGGGCAAGUAGAGCUCGGGCUGUUUCUUCUUCUAGAGAGGUUGGAGGUCAGAAUGAGUUGUCUGUGGCUUCUAAUUCAUUUGUGCAAGGUUCAGUGUGUCCAAAGUAUGGUAUGGAAGAGGAAGAAAAUGAAUAUGAUGAGCGAAAUGUUACUAGGGCCCCUAGAAAUGGAUGUGGGAUUCCCUUUAACUGGUCAAGAAUUCAUCACAGGGGUAAAACAUUCCUUGACAUUGCAGGAAGGAGUUUUUCCUGUGGUUUAUCCGAAUCUCGAUUAAGGAAAGGUGGGGCAGGUUCCCAUGGAAGAAAUGCUCCUGAAAUGCCUGUGGAAUCUGAUCAAUCAAGCUCAUCUGCAAAAUCCAAUGCAGAGGCGCUGCCUCUUCUAAUUGAGGCAUUUGGUUCUGAGAACAGCACAGAGAAUGCUGGUUGGGUGAAUGACUAUUCAGGGGAGCUAGGAAUAUUUGCUGAUAAUUUAUUGAAACGUAACAUUGAUUCUGACCUUGCUUCUGAAACAAGAUCUGGUGACCAACACAAGUUAGGCAGGAACCGCCAUGGUAGGCACCAAAAUAUCACACAAAAGUACAUGCCAAGAACUUUUAGAGACCUUGUUGGACAAAAUUUGGUAUCACAAGCCCUUUCUAAUGCUGUCAUGAAAAGAAAGGUCGGAUUGCUAUAUGUCUUUUAUGGACCUCAUGGAACGGGAAAAACUUCCUGUGCUCGGAUAUUUGCCAGAGCAUUGAAUUGUCAGUCAGUUGAACAGCCCAAACCUUGUGGCUUUUGCAAUUCUUGUAUUUCGCAUGACAUGGGUAAGAGUCGAAAUAUAAGGGAAGUUGGUCCUGUCAGUAAUUUUGACUUUGAGAGCAUUAUGGAUCUACUUGAUAAUAUGAUCAUCUCUCGGCUGCCUUCGCAUUACCGAGUUUUUAUAUUUGAUGACUGUGAUACUUUGUCUCCUGAUUGUUGGAGUACCAUAUCAAAGGUCAUUGAUCGAGUGCCCAGGCGUGUGGUGUUUAUUCUUGUCAGUUCAGGUCUUGAUAUUCUGCCUCAUAUAAUCGUGUCCAGGUGUCAGAAAUUCUUUUUCCCAAAACUGAAGGAUGCAGAUAUCAUUUAUACUUUGCAGUGGAUUGCCUCCAGGGAGGGCAUUGAAAUUGACAAAGAUGCGCUUAAACUGAUUGCAUCUCGAUCAGAUGGAUCACUGAGGGAUGCAGAGAUGACACUCGAGCAGCUGAGUUUGCUUGGGCAAAAAAUCUCUGUUCCUCUGGUUCAGGAAUUGGUUGGGCUUAUCUCUGAUGAAAAGCUGGUGGAUCUUCUUGAUCUAGCAUUAUCUGCAGACACAGUAAACACUGUGAAGAGUUUGAGAGUGAUAAUGGAAACUGGUGUGGAGCCUUUAGCUUUGAUGUCACAGCUUGCUACAGUGAUAACUGAUAUUCUUGCUGGCAGUUAUGAUUUUACUAAAGAAAGGCAUAGAAGGAAGUUCUUUCGAAGACAGCCAUUGUCCAAAGAAGAUAUGGAGAAACUACGCCAAGCUUUGAAAACAUUAUCUGAGGCAGAAAAACAACUGAGGAUGUCAAAUGACAAACUAACAUGGCUAACUGCUGCUUUGCUUCAGCUUGCUCCUGAUCAGCAGUAUAUAUUGCCCAUUUCUUCUGCUGACACUAGUUCUCAUCAUAGUCCCUUGCCUCUGAAUGAUGUGGAUGGAAGAGAUGUAGCCAGGAAAGGAGGUGAGAUUGUUGAGCUGUGUAAUAACUCUAGAGGCUUGUCAACAAAUGCUAGGUUGGAAAAUCUCUAUCCUGGAAGUUCUGGUGAUUUUGAAGCUGGUAUCAUGAAUGGCAUAAAUUUAGAUAGGAAAAGACAUGCUGUGGCUGAGGUAGCUCCUAAACAAACAUCCACAGUCUCUGCUGAUUUGAUCAGGGUUACUGGGAGGCAGAAUUUAGUCAAAAACCAUAAGGGAAUCGAAGAAAUUUGGCUGCAGGUGCUUGAGAAGAUUCAAGUUAGUAGUCUAAAAGAGUUCUUGUAUCAAGAAGGAAAACUGAUCUCUGUCAGUUUUGGUGCAGCUCCAACUGUACAGUUGAUGUUCAGUUCACACAUGACCAAAUCUAAGGCAGAGAUAUUUAGGGGGCUUAUUUUACAAGCAUUUGAGUCUGUUCUUGGUUCUCCCAUGACAAUUGAAAUUAGAUGUGAAGGGAAGAAAGAUGCCAGAGUUGGCAUUCAUGGACUUCUUGUUUUACCAGCUUCCGGGGAUGGUCCAUCUCAGAUGGUCAUGGAUCCAGAGUCUAAUUCUGGAAAUAUGAUGCAUAGGGCAGGUUUUGAUGAUACUAACAGAAGGUUUGUGAGAGAUAAAGAUGCUGGGAUUGGCUCUCAAGCUCAGCUGUUGCACCCCGAAUCUCUUGAAGCAGGAAGGAGUGAAAUUGUUGAAAUACCUGCGACCCCAAGAGAAGCCAAGGAUAAUGAACAUGCUCACAACAUAGAAUCUAACAGAAGAGGUUCUAGGGUGAAAUCAACUUUGUCGUCUACCUCAGGAAGACGGAAACUUAGGGAACUAAGUCAGAGUCAGAGCAUUGUUAGAAGUAAGGUAUCCCUUGCACAUGUAAUUCAGCAGGCGGAAGGGUGUACACAGCGAAAUGGAUGGUCAAAGCGCAAAGCAGUUUCCAUUGCUGAAAAGCUUGAACAGGAGAACCUGAGAUUGGAACCUAGGUCGAGAAGCUUGCUUUGCUGGAAAGCUUCUAGAGUAACUCGUCGGAAGCUCUCACGCUUGAAGAUUCGGACACGAAGACCGCAUUCAUUAUUGAAGCUUGUCUCCUGUGGAAAAUGUCUCUCUUCUAAAUCUCCUAGGUAGGCCAAAAAUUUUGGAUGGCUUUGAACGGUUGGUGCAUGACUUAAUUGAAUUCAUAUUACAUUUGUAAUUAGCUAUUUUCUUGCCGUUUACAAGGUCAAUUCAAUCUGUCAAAUCUUUUUCCUUGAAUAAAUGUACAAGUUCUUUCCAAUGAGAAAAUGUAGGCACGCAACUAGAUAGUGCAGCCAUAUUUUUAGUGAAUUCUAGUUUAUGCUAAUCAUUAAUGGUAUUAGGCCUUGUUCAACUUCCAUCCAAUAAUUGAUUUUCCACGAUCAAUAGUAUUUAUCACUUACUCUUUUAAUAUAAUGGUGGUGACUGGGGAGAUGACCCAUGACAAUACUUUCUAGAUGUGGCCAAUGACUUUUGAGGAUUCUUUGAAUUUGUUGUCAUGCUAAAUGAUUGAAGCUUGUGCAUAUGGAGCUCUCUUUUUCUGGAAUAAAUUCAGCAUCAAAUUCUCUCGCGCAGUUCAUGAUACAUGCAUCAUGUACAUGCUUAAAUAAAAUGGUUUCUCAAGAAAGAAUAGCAUGUCAAUAUAAACGAGGUUUCCAUGUUCGUGAACAAGUUGUUUGAAGAUCAAAGCUUGACCAUGAUACCAGUGAUGGAAGUUUUAAUUAUGGUGUAAUUUUGUCUAUUCUGGAAUGAAACAGUGGUGGUGCUGACUUUCCCGUUCUGUUCAUAUUCAUAUCUUAGUCAAAGCCAAUCGGGAUGGGGCUCAAACCUCCAUAGCCAUAGGUUUGUUGGAUCACAAACGAUUUGAAUAAAAAAAAGAACCGAAAAGUCUCAAAUCUUUGUUUUGCAAAGAUGUCAUUCUUUACAGCCCCGUCUAACUUUGAACUCAAACUUUGUCAAAAACCCAGAAUUCAGUUUUCUUGAUUGACCCCUUCUUUACUCCAAACAACAGUAACAACAACAACUAGUUCAAAAUGAUCGUUUGACGCUUGGAAAUGUAUGUUAGAACUUUAAACCCCAAAUCCAAUGAGAAAAUAUGACAAUGCAAUGUAAGUAUGACUUAGAGUAUUCAAUUUUAGAUUCAAUUGUAUUUUAAUAUUACUAAUUUAAGUUGAUGUAUUGAUCUUGACUUAAUUCUCCUUAAUUAUUUGUUCAUAUGGU